UCCACCUCCUUACCUGUAGACUACGAUUGUGACUACGAUUAUGAAUGGAGAGAACAAUUAUCAAAUUCAACCAUUGUAAAAAGGCCAUCUAUCGUUUUCCAGUUGUAAAUGUAGAAAUGGAUGGUCCAGGAGAAAACGAAUUCAAACAAUGUCCCAUCUGUUCUGAGACUUUAAUGUUUGACCUCCUCAACGCACCUGUCAGCAUUCCGAGUCCAUUUGUCAAUGGACACAAAGUUCCUUGUGCUUUUGGAAUCGGAUCUGUGCACGGACCGUCUUUCCUCGGGGAAUGGCAUGACACGGAGCUUCACGUUGGCAUAACAAAUUCCACAGGUGUGGUAUAUAACUAUACCUUAUCAGGACUCCAGAGAGAUGAACAUGGCUGGGAGAAAUGUGUAUGUUUGCAAUUAGUCCCACCUUGGAGAGAGCAUUUAAAACAUACCUGGGACAAGGAGCUUGAACAAUUCUGCUCCCAUUCUACUUGGGCACCAGAACGGUUUCACGAGGAGAGGGAGUUUGGAUCCUGCUGCUAUGGUUUCGCCCUUGCCUUUAUAAACCACAUACGUACCCUGGAAGGGAAACCCUCUUUGAGUAGAGAGGAAUUCACAGGGACUCACAUUCUUCCUAGAGUUAAGAUGAUCUCAAAAUACAUCAGAGUUUAUCAAGAAAUAUCACAGAAUGGUUUUUAUAUUGCUAACCAAAUGGAAAUGUAAAAUAGAUAUUUAAACAUACUGAGCAGUUUUGCCACUUUUUUCAUUGGUCAUGUUGGCAGAGAUGACAUCACAAUAGGCCUUGGGUAAAUGUCUCUAUGAUUAUGUAGUAAUCUAGUAAAUUAUUAAAACAAAGCAAAUUAUGUAAGUAAUUUAUUAAACAAUUACAAUAACAUUCAAAAAUACACUUAACAUGCAUAUGAUUGAGAAUAGUGAUCAAAAUUUAACUUGUAAUUGAAUAAAAACAAAUGAUGUUAAAUGUAUACAAACACGGACACAAAAUAGAUAUUUAAAUAUACUGAGCAGUUUUUUCACCUGUCCAGCUUUCAGCACUGACCACAGUAAGCUCAUGAUGUGUGGAGCCUCAGUAAAGCAAUAUAAACAACACACAUGAUACAGAUGCAGUUGUGUGUGUGUGUGGUGGUGGUGGGGGGUGGGGUGACCGAUACCG